AUCAGAAACUUGAUUUAUAUUAACUUAAUAUUGUACUAAAGAUUAUUCUUUUAAAAAACAAAUAUUUAUUGUAACGAUAACAAUAUACAUCCGUUUCAUUGAAAAUUCGUUGUUAUCCACAGGCUAAUUUUACUCUACGGGUCAUUUGAGUUACCAUGGUAACAGGAGUAGGAGAAAAGAAAUGGGGAUGGAAAAGAUAAUAAUACGAUUUACUUUUAUAUAAGUAAAAUUUGGACGCUUUUCUGUAGAUUAGGUUUCUAUGGGCUCUAAAGAAAGUAAAAUGUUGGAUUUUCUUGAUAAUCCGUUUUUUGAACUUGCCACUGUGGAUUUCGGAAUUCAGUUUUCUGCUUUUAUUGUUUCAGCGUUACUUAAAACAGAGAAGUUUUAUGAUAUAACUGGAAGUUUAACUUACAUUGUUCUUGCACAUAUGUGUACCAAAUGGGUACCUGAACGAUCAAUGAGACAAAUGAUUCAGUCUGGAAUGAUUCUUACAUGGGCUGUUAGGCUUGGAACAUUUCUCUUCAUAAGAGUUUUAAAAAGUGGUAAAGAUCGCAGAUUUGAUAAAAUAAGAGAAAAUCCAAAACUUUUCUUUGUCUAUUGGACAAUGCAAGGUGUCUGGGUAUAUAUUACUCUUCUCCCAUCUCUUCUGCUUUUGAGUCGUCCAGAUUUUGCACCUUUGACAAACAGAGAUUAUUUGGGUUUCAGCUUAUGGAUUCUUGGUUUUACUAUUGAAGUUGUAGCUGAUUUUCAGAAAUCAGUUUUUACAAACAUGCCAGAAAAUAAAGGAAAAUUCAUUAACACUGGGUUGUGGUCAAUAUCAAGACAUCCCAAUUAUCUUGGAGAAAUUUUGCUUUGGUUUGGUCUGUAUUUUUCAUCUAGCUCUACUUUUAAAGGAAAAGAAAUACUGUGUGUAUUAUGCCCGAUAUUUGAUAUGUUCCUUAUAACCCGAUUUAGUGGUAUACCACCUUUGGAAAAAUAUGGUUUACAGAAGUGGGGCAGAGAUCCACAGUACAUUGAGUAUGUCAAGAAAACCUCUUCUUUGAUUCCGUAUUUGUGGUGAUAUUUAGAUGUCGUGUUGAAUUUUAAACCAUCUGUACAUUAACUCACUAGUCAAAAUUGUCUUCAACAGAAGACUAUUGAGUCAAUGUACAAUAUAAUCAUAUAUUUGUGCUAAUUUUGUGAAAUUAUUACAUACGUAUUAUGAAUUCUGCUGAGCAGAUGUGAUCCCUUGUAUAAUAAUAAAUGCUAGAUGUAAAUAUAGCAUGUGAUUCGAUUUUGUUCUUAAUAUAAAUUUUUCUAUUUGUAGAUGUCAUGAGGAUGAUUCGAAGCUAUACUUUUAAUGUAGUUAUUCAAAGUGAGAUUUUUUUUGAGUGAUGCAUCGUAUUAUUAUAUCACAUCAAUAUAUAAUCUGUGUUAAUUUUUUAAAGUGUGCAGUGCCAUGGGAUUUUUUUUAAUUAUUAUAAGAGUAAUGGAAAACUUGUCACAAAUUCUGAGCAACAUUUCAUUGAUUUUGUGCAAAAGUGUACCCUUAUGCAAAUAUCUCCCUUCAUUUUCCCCAAAUUCACCGCUAAAACUGGCAUAACUAUGUCACUACCUGGUUCAUUAUACUACUGUAAUUAGAAUGUAUUAAUUUUAUACAACAACAUAAACAUGGGCGUUUGAGGUAUUCAACUUUUUUUACAACAUACAUGGCAAUAAUUGGAUAAAAUCUGCAAUUAAGUGUCUCCAGGGAUUAAUCGUAAUUUUAUUUUCAAUCGAACUAUACAAAAUCAUAUUAAAACUUGUAAAUAUUUCUAAUAAGUGUCUAAUUAGACUGGUAUGUAAUAAAUGUCAUACAAAUCCAUUAUCAAUUUCCAUAUGCAUCACUCUUGUUUCACAUUUUUAACAAAUAUUUAGUAAAGGAUUCAAAAGUUUUGAAUUUCUCUCAUAUAAUUGAUUCUGUUGUAUAAAAAUUAUGAAUCAAGGUUUUUAUCUGUACAUUGAUGUAAAAUUUUUUCUAUUUUGAUAAUGAUUAUUCAAUAUAAUUGUUUACUAAUCCAAAUUGUGAAGUUAUUUUAAUAAUGGAAAUACUUUUACUAAUGUGUAUUAAAGGAAUUUCCUUAACAAAUAUGAUAUUGAAAACAUAGAUAUUGUUUGUCGUGAAUGUACUUUUGCAAGUGAUUUAUUACUAUUGAUAGAAUCGAUGUACAAAUAAUUUAGUGUCCA